GACGAGGGAGUGAAAAAUUCCAAAUAAAGUUUUAAAUUUACAUUAUAGAGACUUAUUAAAAUAUUAUUUCUACUUAUGUUUAUAAAAUAUGAAGUAUAUUGUAAAUUUUUCAAAAUGCUAAAAUUAAAAUAAAAAUUUUAUCGAAAGCGCGGGAUUAAGAUCUUGAAUUCGACCCGGCCCAAAAAUGUAAAGCCAACCUGCAAGUCAUAAGAUCUAGAUUUGGACCAGGCCCAAAUUAAAUAAAUGAAGCACUGAGUACUCCGCUAUAAUAAAAGAAAGGAAAAGCCGAUAAAGAGAGGGAGAGACUCGCUGCCGAUCGACGUCGCCGACGGCAACUCCCCGGCGUCACUCUUCAGGGAUAGAUAUAACUCAAGACUCGAGAAAGCUUCCUGCAAAUUCAACCUCCACCAGUAGCAUAUAAUAAUCCUAGAAAGUAAUUUCGGGAUCGGCUUUCAACUAAAAAACAAUGGUCCAAAAGGCAAUGAAUCAGGCGAAGAUGAGGCGGAGAGGUAGGGCGGCAGUAGUGGUUCUCGGGGAUAUCGGCCGCAGUCCUCGGAUGCAAUACCAUGCUCUUUCUCUAGCUCGCCAGGCUCAUCUAGAGGUCGAUAUUGUCGCCUAUGGAGGCUCUGACCCCCAUUGUGCUGUUUUAGAGCAUCCUUCUAUUCACAUUCAUAGAAUGAAAAUGUGGCCAUCAAUCCCUCAAUCUUUACCCAAAAUGCUACGUCCUUUUAUGCUUAUUCUCAAGGCAUUGGUUCAGUUUGUGACACUUCUCUGGUAUCUAUGUGUCAAAAUUCCUGCUCCCGAUGUAUUCAUAGUGCAGAAUCCCCCUUCUGUUCCUACAUUGGUUGCUGUAAAUUGGGCAAGCUGGUUUAGAAAUUCUGCAUUCAUAAUAGAUUGGCAUAAUUUUGGAUACACACUCCUUGCAUUGUCCCUUGGCCGGAACAGCCUAUUUGUCAGUCUUUAUCAUUGGAUCGAAAAGUAUUAUGGGAGAAUGGCAAAGGGGUCAUUGUGUGUGACAAAGGCAAUGCAGCAUGAACUGGCUCAAAAUUGGAGUAUAAGUGCCACUGUUCUGUAUGAUCACUCUCCUGAAUUCUUUCGACCGGCAUCUCUUGAGGAGAAACAUAAGUUGUUUUGUAGGAUUAGUAAAAGCCUAAGCCAGCCCUAUGGCUCCCAUGACUGUCUAACCUAUGAAAUACUGGGGAUAGACAAUGUUGAAUCCAGUACAACACCGUUUACAAAUCUGGUUGGAAAUGAUAUAUACUUUAAGCAAAACAGACCAGCCCUCAUAGUAAGCAGUACAAGCUGGACCCCAGAUGAGGAUUUCGGAAUCCUCUUGGAAGCGGCUGUCAUGUAUGAUAGACGGGUUGCUGCGAUUCUUAAUGAGGAUGACUCGCACGGGGAGGAUCUUGUUUGGGAGGAAAUUAGGAACGGGAAACAAUUUUUGUACCCAAGGUUGUUAUUCAUUAUUACUGGCAAAGGACCUGAAAAAGAAAAAUAUGAGCAAAAGAUCAUAAAACUGAAUCUCAAGCGUGUAGCUUUUCGUACAAUGUGGCUUCCAGCAGAGGACUAUCCGAUGCUUCUUGGAUCAGCCGAUCUUGGAGUUUGCCUCCACACUUCUUCUUCGGGUUUGGAUCUUCCAAUGAAGGUUGUGGAUAUGUUUGGGUGUGGAUUGCCAGUUUGUGCCGUAUCCUACUCUUGCAUCAAGGAGCUUGUACAAGUUGAACAGAAUGGGUUGUUGUUCUCUACUUCAUCGGAACUAGCGGAUGAGCUCAUGAUGCUAUUCAAGGGCUUCCCCGAGGAAUCCAACAUGUUGAAAUCUUUGAGGAAUGGGGUGCUAGAAAAAGGAUCUUGUGCAAAAUGGGAUUUUGGAUGGGAAGAGAAUGCCCUGCCCUUAAUAAACCAGGAAAGUGCAAUUCUCUCCCCCCCGGGGCUCUUAUUUAUUUACUUCCAUAACUCUGUAUAAAAUAGGAUUUUCUUGGCCGUAUUUUUCAUUGUUCACGAGAAGUAAUGUGUUUGGGAUUUUGCAUAGAGUUCAAUGCUUCUAUCGUGGAUCUUGGAUUUAUACAAUACGGCCCCCUUCUUUUGACAACAAGAAAGGGUGUCAUAUUAUGACAACAAGGCCUACAGUGCUCCGUUCGAAAAAUUGAUGGUUCCUACUCCCCUGCCCCACCCCAAAUGGCCGAUCGUAUUUAAUAAUGCAUGAAUUAAUAUGUAGUUGCCUUUGUGCUAUGAUUUGCUCUCAGACACCAAUUUGAACUGUAUUAUGUGAUAUGCAGGUCAUCUCUCAGAGACUUGGGUGAAAUGUGGGCAUAAAGAAAUGACCUUAUGGCCAGGUGAGAUUUUAUCAGCUGUAGACAAAUCUAAAUCUUUGAUCUCUUUUUUAUAUGCUCUUGUCUGAAUCUACAUAAUACAUAUAAUUAUGCAAUGGGGUUGGGACUUGUAGUUUAUUUAUUUGGUCAUUGGGAUUCCAAGACAUUUUAUUACUAAAUAUUUGAGUGAAUU